AUGGCUACUGCAGUCACUGCUGCAGUGUCUCUUCCAUCAUCAUCUAAAUCAUCUGCUUCUCUUUCCGCCAAAACUUCCAUCCUUUCAUCAGAAAGGAUCAGCUUUAACAAGGUUCCUCUGUACUACAGAAAUGUGUCUACAGGUGGGAAAUUUGUGACAAUCAGAGCCCAGGUCACUACUGAGGCACCUGCAACAGUUGUAAAGAAAGAAUCCAAGAAAGAUGAUGAAGGUGUUGUUGUGAACAAAUACAAGCCAAAGGACCCAUAUAUUGGAAGAUGCCUUCUUAACACCAAGAUUACUGGUGAUGAUGCUCCUGGAGAAACUUGGCACAUGGUCUUCACCACUGAAGGUGAAAUCCCUUACAGAGAAGGUCAGUCAAUUGGGGUUAUCCCUGAUGGAGUUGACAAAAACGGAAAGCCUCACAAACUGAGGUUGUAUUCAAUUGCUAGCAGUGCUCUUGGUGAUUUUGGAGAUUCCAAAACGGUCUCUCUGUGCGUUAAGAGGCUUGUUUACACCAACGAUCAAGGAGAAAUAGUUAAAGGAGUUUGUUCUAACUUCUUAUGUGACUUGAAACCUGGAUCUGAAGUGAAGAUCACAGGACCUGUUGGGAAAGAAAUGCUUAUGCCAAAGGAUCAAAAUGCCACCAUUAUUAUGCUUGGCACUGGAACAGGAAUUGCUCCUUUCCGUUCUUUCUUAUGGAAAAUGUUUUUUGAGAAGCACGCAGAUUACAAGUUCAAUGGUUUGGCAUGGCUGUUCUUGGGUGUUCCAACAAGCAGCUCACUGCUUUACAAGGAGGAAUUUGAGUUGAUGAAAGAAAGACACCCAGAGAACUUCAGAGUAGAUUUCGCAGUCAGCAGAGAGCAAACCAACGAGAAAGGUGAGAAGAUGUACAUCCAAACAAGGAUGGCUCAGUAUGCAGAAGAGUUAUGGGAGCUACUGAAGAAAGACAACACCUAUGUGUACAUGUGUGGACUCAAAGGAAUGGAGAAAGGAAUUGAUGACAUUAUGGUGUCAUUGGCAGCCAAAGAUGGGAUUGAUUGGAUUGAGUACAAAAGGCAGUUGAAGAAGGCUGAGCAAUGGAAUGUGGAAGUCUACUAA